AUGGCCAUCCCCGACCUGAAACUUGUCGACCCCAGCGAUAUCAUCCAAUUGCCCUUGCUCGACUUUCUGCUCACCGAGACCGCCGAGGGCCGCCAGCAGCUCGCUAACAAGUUGGAAGAGGCGUUCAGCACGUUGGGAUUCGUGCUGAUCGUCAACCACGGCAUCUCCAUCGACGAGACUGAGAAGGUGAGAGGCGUGGCCCGCGAAGUGUGUCUGUACCCUCACGAGCUUCAAGAACCGUACUUAGCCGGAGCCUGGACCUCGGACGCCGAGAACCGCGAUAUCCUGCCUGGGGCUGAAGUGGGCCAGGGUUACAAGCCUCGAGGCUACUGGCUGAUGCAGCACGGCACCCGAGACGCCAUUGUCCACUACAAUUUCAACAAUAUUGUGUACUCGGACUUCGGAGCUAUUCCUGAAAAGUACCCGCCUCCGGCGCGGCCCCAUUUGGAGCGUAUUGGCAACUACUACCGCCAUGUCCACACCUCGAUUCUCCAGAGACUCUGUGACUUGACCGAUAUCGUGUUGGAGAUCCCCGAGGGGACCACUUAUGACACCUUGUACAAAGUGGUCGACAAGGACGCCGAGAACCUGGGCCACGGCACGGGGAGAUUCAUGUUGUAUCACAAGCAGCCGCAAGAGGUCGACCAAAAGAACGACGGCAAGUGGUUGCGGGGCCACCUGGACCUGGGCGGGUUCACGUUCAUCACGUCGCAGCCGAUUCUCCUGCUUCAAAUUAGAGACUACUUCACCGGCAAGUGGUUCUACGUUGGCCACGUCCCCGGGGCCCUCAUUGUUAAUAUCGGUGAUGCGAUGGAGUUUUUAACUGGUGGCUAUUUCAAGUCGUCGAUCCACCGCGUGAUUGCUCCUCCCGCUGACCAAGCCGCCUACGAACGGCUUGUCCUUAUUUAUUUCAGUCAGCCGAGACGGCUGGCCCAGCUUGAUCCCGAACAAUUGAACCUGCCCAAGUUGGACCGUUUGGGCCACAAGACGCCCGACGAGUGGGUCCCCAUCACCUGUGGCCAGUGGCAGAACGAAAAGGGGCGUCUCUUUGGCCAAACGGAGGUCAACGACUCCGAGGGCGACGAGCCCAACUUGGUGGUGGUGUACGGGAGACUCCACGAACGCUGGCACCAGGUCAACCGCAAGUUCACGGUUGAAGAGGCGAGAAAGACUCAUAAGGUCAUUGAACUUAAGGUAUAG